AGGCUGCUGUGCCUGCCCCUUUCAGCUCGGCCCCACCUUAGCUGGUUAAACAGGUUUGAAGUCCAGACGGCGGAGAGACCGUGGAAGCAGCAUUUCGCAGACUCCCAGGACAGCCACCGCUGCUGCGCAGCCCUCAGCCCUAUGGCCCCCCACUUCUCUCCAAGGUGAAAGCAGAAGGGAUGGGAAACUAGUCCCCUCUCGACACCCCAAAACGCAGGAGUGUUUCUUACCAGUGCCCAGCUGCAUCCCCAGUGGUGCUGAGCCGGUCACUCUCAUGGCUGCUGCUGACCCCAUCCUGCCCCCUGAGGAGGUGGCUUUGCUGGAGCUGGGGAAGGUGGCCCUGGCCGCCCCCCUGGACAAGGUGCCACCAGCCCCGGAUGAACACCUGGGGCACCCUGAUGCCACCCUGCCAUGGGACCGGUGCCAGCACAGCACCCAGGGCCAGCCGGAGCCUGUGGAGACGAAGAGGCACUCAAGUCCCGAAGGGGGCCGCGAAGACCCCGAGGAGGCUGCUCUCACCUGCCCCCCAGCUGAGGCCAAAGACGAGGAAGGCCCCGGGCUGCCCGUGGUGGCGGCCCACGUCUUUGUGCCCAUCGACCCACAGUGCAUUGAGCGGACACCUGGCAAGCAGAAGCAGCAACCUGACCCACGGCCCCAGGAGGAGGGCAAGAGGGGCUACAUCCUCCACAGCGACAGACCCGACAGCCUCUGCCAGAAGCAGGUCUUCCUUCCCAUCGGCCCCUCACGCUACAGGGACCCACUGGGCUUUGACAGGCGAGUGGCCAAGCCGCUGACCGAGGGGCCACAGUGCCCAUGCGCCAGGGACUGCGGUGCCGGCAACCUCAGGGCUGCGGCCUCAGUGGUGGUGGCCCUGCUCUUCUGCCCCUGCCUCGUUUAUGGGGCCUACGUCUUCCUGCCUUUUGAUGCCCCGCUGCUGCCCACCGUCAGCGCCCGCCUGGUCUACACACUCCACUGCGCUGCCUUUGCCACGUUCCCCAUUGUUCUGGGGAUGAUCGUCAGUGGCAUCUCCCGCCUCUGCUCCUCCGCACUGGAGCCCUUCGGGGAGCUACAGCAGGAGGUGGAGCUCCACCGCACCUACGUCUCCCAGUCUGUCCAUCUCUUCAUCCUCUACUUCUUCAACAUGGCUGUGCUGGCCACCUACCUCCCACAGGAGGUCCUCAAGCUCAUCCCCCUGCUCACGGGGCUUUUUGCCAUCUCCCGGUUGAUUUACUGGCUGUCAUAUGCCAUCGGGCGCUCCUUCCGUGCCUUUGGCUUCUGCAUGACCUUCCUGCCCCUCCUAGCCAUGCUACUCUGGAACCUUUACAGCAUGUUUGUCCUGGAGCCUGAAAAACUCCUUGCUGUGGCAGCACCAAAGCCUGAGGACCGCUCCAAGGACAGUGGAGCCAAACUCCGGUACUGGGGGUGAGGGAGGCCCUGGGGAGAUGAGGUGCCUGGACCCUGCGGUGCAGAGGGGUUGAGCCCUCCUCACUGCCCUGCCUUGUGAGCCCUGAAGGUGGAAGGGUGCAGGCAGAUCUGGCUGGGCCCCUGCUCCCUGCCCUUACCUGGCAAGGUUUUGCUGAGUGCCUGGGGUUGAUAGAGCUGAGCUGUAAAACCCUCUGCACUGGGAGUUUCCUGCAGGAUGGUGAACAGGGCCCAGAGCAAGGCCCAGUGAGUCUUCUUCCAUGAGGAUGGGUUGGGAUGGGAUUUGCCUAAUCUGCUGGAGCUGGCUUUGCCCAAUAAAGCCCUUCACCAAGUGGC